AUGAUGAUCCUUCAAGGCCAUCGCUCCAACUCCCUAUCCUCUGACGAUGAAAUCGCCAUAUCUGCACAUCAAGAAGCCAGACAAGGUCCUCGACGAGACCCUAAGCCAUGGGCCCGUGAUUCACCUUUUAUUUCACAUAAUUCUGAGCGGCAAGCGAAUCUUACACCUUUCAAUACCAUGCAUAUGCCCCGUCUAGAUUCAGUGGGCAGUCAAGAACGUCGCUCACACAUGCCUAUCUGGGAGCCUCUAUAUAUGGAAGACACUCCAGAUAAAACGGAACAAGAUGAGACACCCAGAAGCCGAGUGUCAACGGAUGCCAAUGGUUCGAAAGUGUUCAUCAAGAAUCCUUUCUCUGGUAGUGAUGACGGAGAUGAAAGCAGCAUGGACCACGGUUGUUGCGCUUGGAAGUUGUGCUUGUCCCUUAUGACCGCGAAUUGGAUGUCUCGUGCAAUGUGA